CUCCCACAGUGCCCUCCGCCCACCCAGAUGUGCAUAACCCCACUGCAGGCCGUGUCCUGCCAUUGUGACCAGCUCCUUCCUUCCUCAGGACAGCAGCGCUGUGGAAGACCUGCAAGUGGGACCGGUGAAGCCUCCACGUUAGGCAGUGACAAGAGACCAGGGGAGGCAGAAGAGACCCCUCAAGAAAAGAAGGUGACAGCCAGGGUACCAGGCACGAGGACAUGGAGCCAGGGCUGUGGAGCGGGGCCAGCAGGCUGGUGUGCCGGCUCUGGACAUCGGUCAGCAAGGCCCUGUUCGCCGAGUUCCUGGCCACAGGACUGUAUGUGUUCUUCGGAGUGGGCUCCAUCCUACGCUGGCCCUUGGCACUUCCCUCUGUGCUGCAGGUCGCCAUCACCUUCAACCUGGCCACAGCCACGGCAGUGCAGGUCAGCUGGAAGACCAGUGGAGCGCAUGUCAACCCUGCUGUGACGCUGGCCUUCCUUGUGGCCUCCCACAUCUCCCUGCCCCGGGCUAUGGCCUACGUAGCUGCCCAGCUGGCAGGGGCCACUGUGGCGGCUGCCCUGCUUUAUGUGCUCACUCCUGGAGACGUCCGAGGGACCCUUGGGAUCAACUUGGUCCAGAACAGCACCUCGACUGGCCAGGCAGUGGCCGUGGAGCUGGUUCUGACUCUGCAGCUGGUGCUCUGUGUCUUUGCUUCCACGGACAGCCGUCACACUGUGGGUUCCCCGGCCGCCAUGAUUGGAACCUCUGUGGCACUGGGCCACCUCAUCGGGAUCUACUUCACUGGCUGCUCCAUGAACCCAGCCCGCUCCUUUGGUCCUGCAGUCAUCAUUGGCAAGUUCACAGUCCAUUGGAUCUUCUGGGUAGGACCCCUGACAGGGGCUGUGCUGGCUUCGCUGAUCUACAACUUUAUCCUGUUCCCUGACACCAAGACUCUGGCCCAGCGACUGGCCAUCCUCACAGGCACCACCAAGGUGGAGAAAGUAGUAGAGGUGGAGCCUGAGAAGAAAGACUCCCAAGGCAGUUCAGGGGAAACUGAAGUGAGCGUGUGAGAUACCAUAGCCCUUGCAGAGAGGAGCCCUGCAGGUGGGCAGUGUGCCUUGUAUGACCCGACUCAUGGCUUUCCUGGUGAGGGGACUGGAAGCAGGGAGCAGGAGGCUUGGUCUCUUGUUCUACAGAGUGGGCUGGGUUGGGGGGCUGCCAAUCCCUAGCCCUGGCGUUACAUUUCUUUCCUUUUUUAAAAUGGUAAUGGCGAUGGAACCUAGAGCCUCACUCAAACUAGGCAAGGAUGUUACCACUGAGCCCUUUUUAUUUUGAGAUAUAUUUUGAGAUAAAGUCUUGCUAAGUUGUGCAUGCUGGCCUGGAACUCACCAUCCUCCUGCCUCAGCCUCCUGAGUAACUGGGAUUAUAGGCAUACCACACAUGCUUGUCUUCUACAUUUAUAGGUCAAAUAAAUCUUGGAGUAAAUCUGUCUAGUUUCCUUCCCCUAGACCUUCCCCAUUUCCUAAUGGGACAGAACAGAGAGGGGUACUGGUCUUUGUGAUGCUCUCCCUUUCUUAUGCCCAGCUAGACUCAGUGGGGGUUCUGGUCCUCUAGAUCCGUGUCUUAGGGGAAAGGAAUUAAAGCCCUGGCAGCUGCUCUUCUUGGGCUCUAACCAGGGGACCUUAAAGAACCCUUAGGGAGUGGGGGAAAACAGGCUUCCCAGAAGAAUCUGGCUCGGGAUGGCCCCUGAGCUCCUCAGAGGGAUUCUCUGCCCUUGCGGGUAGUUUGGGGCUGUGGUUUCCUGACAGACUUGGGGCUUCCUAAGGACAGAGAUUCCCCUCCUGAGGGUCUUCACCCUUCACUCUUCCCAAUGCUCACAAGGGUGCCCACCCUUGGAAGGGGCCGACAGGAACCUUCCCUCAGCUGGCAAAGGGGCAGGAUACAGGAAAGAAGCUUUGUCUCAGGGCAGCCCCCCCACCAGAGUUUGCCCCAGUCACUGAGGCAGCCCUGGUCGGGGGGAUCCCCAUCCCUGUCCUCAGCUCAUGGCCUGGGCCACAGGAAGCCUCUCCAGCCUUGGCUUCGGCAUCACAGGAUUCCUAGGGAAGCUGUUGAAUAAGACCUAGGGACAGUGGGAAUUGAGGAAUGACCCAGGAAACCAAGAUGCAAGGUUCAGAACCUCCAAGGACUAAGGUGUCUGAAUUGGAUUGCUAAACUUUAGAGGCUGCUACAGUCUACUCUGCCCAUGACCUGGAGUCCUAUCUGGGUUUCAGCUUCCCAGCUGUAAAAUGGGCACAAUCUUCCCCUAGGACUUCUGUGAAACAGUAAGAGAUUAGAAAAUGUUUUGUGAGUUAAAAUGCCAGAAAAACAACCUCCAUAAAUGAUGAUUAUUGUUGCUGUUACUGUAAUUACUGGAUUUGAAUACAAUUGCUGUUGGUAAUGUGAGGGAGGAGGAAAGAAGGGAGAGGGAGGGAAAAAAGCAAGAUUUGCUGUCUUUAGCUAUGUUUACUUUAACAGAGGCCGCGUCUCCUUCUCGCUUGGGUUUGCUGAGAAGGGGGGCUGUGGGUGGGACCCUGGAAUGAAGAGACAAGCCAAUAAAAGUCAGUUCUCAUCUCUAUGGUGCCCAUCACCAUGGUACCCUGAGAUGCAGCAGCCAAAUCCAUAAAAAAGAUAGGUCCUUUUCCACGAUGUCUCCCAAGGGGCUGAGGAGGAGGGGAGGGAGCACCCAAGGUUUCCAAGAGUGGGUCACGGGCCCAGCCUGUGACCAGCGCAGUGGCUGAGUCCCUGGUGUCUGUGGUCCCAGCAGUCACUGCACACUCUGCUCUUGUCAGUACCGAGCACUUGUCACAUCUCUCCACACUGGGUCCCAGCCGUCCAUCUUUGGGAUCUCUCAGAGCCCAGGGCUUCCUGUGCCCUUCUAUGUGCAGGGACAGCUGUGUGCACGUGUGUGUGUGUGUGUGUGUGUGGUGUGCACAUGUGUGUGCAAACAGAGGAUACGAGUGACUUGCUGAAGGUGACCCAGCACAGUCAUACAGACCCCUAAGGUUUCCCCAGCUCCUAGGAAAGAAUUUUCUAAAACAGAGCUCCAGGGGGGCUUACAGAAGCUGCAGCACAGGAAGGAGGCAGGAACCACACGACUGGAGGGGCAGUGAGUUCCUGCAGUGGGCGCUUAAGCUCCUUGACAAAUGAUCUCUGUGUCUCCAGAGCCAAGCACACACUGAGUGCUCAGUAAAAGUUUGAUGAAUGAAUGACUGAGGCUGGGCAUCUAGGCAGGGACAGGAGGCAGUAAUUGAUCAAGAGAAGAAAGAUUCAGGGGUUACAGCUCCAAAUGAGCCAAAAUGACAGCAGCUGAGAAGCCUCUGCUUCCAGGCAGGGGCUGGGAAGAGG